UAUCACUCUCGAAACAUAUGUCUCAACCACUCUCAGUGUCUGUAUUUUCGUGUUCCGUCUUGCAAAUCAUGUCUUAAACUCUGAAGCAACAAUUUGAUUUAAUUGGACGCUUCGACGCUUUGUCUAUAUGUGGUCAUUUUUAAGCAUGCCGCGUGUUUAAAAACGUUUUGCAAUCAAAAUUAAUAUCUAUCAAGGUAUUCACCACAUAAGCGAUUGAUAAUCGUGUUUUGGGUAAUCAUAAAUCAAAUUUUUUUAAAUUUACAAAAUUCAAUUGGUUUUUUCUGUAAAUGCUUUUCGAAAAAUGUAAAUAUUGUAAAAAUAUAAUAAUUAAAAUCAAUUAGUACUUUUAUGGUCAUCAUUUAGCGUAACUAAAGUCCUGCCAUCAAUUCAUGUUAACUGAAAACACAAGGCCGUCACCAACUUCACACAAGUAAUAGUCAUGGCUAAGUGGUUGGAUUCAGACGAUCUACUUCCAUACGACAAUCAAGUUGGAGGUCAUAAAUUUACCAAAGAAAAACCAUUGUUGGGUUUAUUGAAACAUAAAGAAGGUUACAUAUUGAAAUCAGUAGAAGGUGGUACCAAAGGAAAGAAUGAAGUACGCUUUUAUGAAGAAUUAUUAAAAAAUGAAAGCCUAAUAAAUCUUAGGGAACUAGUUCCAUUAUAUUAUGGUACUGUCACUGUUCAAAUUAAUUCUAUAGAUAUGACAUUCAUUGUUUUGGAUGAUAUAACCACAGGCAUGAAAAAACCGUGUGUAAUGGAUGUAAAAAUUGGUUCACAGACAUGGGAACCAGGAUGUUCAGAAAAAAAAAAAAAUGAUGAAAAUGCAAAAUAUACAGAAUGUAAAGAACAAUGGAGUUUUUGUAUACCAGGUUUCCAAGUGUAUGAUUUAUUGAAUUCCGAUUUGGUACAGCCACAGAAAUAUGAUAAAGAAUUUGGAAAAAGUUUAGAUCCAGGGAAAGUGAUCUCUGUGUUCGAGACAUUUUUAAACUUUAAUAGUGGAUAUCUAGGUCUAGAAAAUCUAGUUCAAAGCUUUACAAAACAAUUGGAUCACAUAAGACGAUACUUCCAAACUCAAAAACAUUACCAUUUCUAUUCUAGUUCGGUUCUGUUAGCAUAUGAUGCAGAGACAUUAACAAAUGAUAAAAACACCUAUCCUUUGUUAAGAGUAUCGCUAAUAGAUUUUGCACAUGUAACUCCAGCUGAUGGUAAAAUUGAUUUAAACUAUUUACAAGGUAUUACUAAUUUAUGGACUUUGUUCCGAACACAAUUGUUACACAACAAUUAAUAUGAAUCUCUUCAAUUGUUGGUGCCCAAUACUUAUUAAAUUAAUAUUUUUUUAGUUCUAAUGUUUAGCUUAACUUAUCGUAUAUUGUUUAUAAACAAAAUUAUAAAUAGAUUAUAUUUUAUUGAACAUCUAAAACCAAUACAUAAUCAUACAGUAGUAAUUUUACAUUAUUUUCUAAUAGUGUAUUUAUUUAAGAUAAAAUAUAUCUAUUAUUAAAUCAAUAGUUUAAAUACAAUUUGUGUACCUUGAUCUAUAUGUAUUUUAAUUCUAAAAUUUUUAAUUCAAUAAUUUUUAUGAAAUUUGAUUUGAUUAUAAAAUUAAUUUGAUGGAAGUUCUAUCAACAGUUGAUUGAUGAAUUAUAAUGUUGUUAAUAUUGUUGUGUGUUUUAUGAAUUAAUAUAAAGUUAAUUAAAUUUUAAAUCUGUGAUCUUAUAGCCAAUUUUA